CCAAGAUGGCGGCCCCCAGAGCCGCCGCGGUGGGUCCGGGCCGCCGCUGAGGCGCCGCUGCUGGCGGCCUCCUCGCCGAGCUCGUCCGUCCGCCUCCUUCCCCCUCCGCCCCCCGGGCCCCGGCUCGGCGCGGGCUCGUCGGGGACCCCGUCUGGCCGGGCCGAAGCCCCCGGGACAACGGCGCCGAUGAGCCUGCGGCGGCUGCUGCGGCGGGCCGGUCCCGGGCCCGGCCCGCGCCGCCCUCCCCGGCGGGGCCUCUUCUCGGCGUCGCCCCCGCCCUGGAGCCAGGUGGUGUCGGAGGCGGAGAAGAUCGUGGGCUACCCCACCUCCUUCAUCAGCCUCCGCUGCCUGCUCAGCGACGAGCUCGGCAACAUCGCCCUGCAGGUGCGGAAGCUGGUGGGGACCCGCCACCCGCUGCUCAGCACGGCCAGAGGUUUGGUGCAAGACAGCCGGCACAAUCUGCAAAUGCGCGGCCUGGUGGUGCUCCUGGUUUCCAAGGCAGCCGGACCCAGUGGCCCUGCGACGCUGGCCCUUGAUCAUGGAAUGGUCAGUGGGAUCUAUCCCAGCCAGAGGAGCCUGGCGGAGAUCACUGAGCUCAUCCACACAGCUUUCCUCGUACACCGCGGGAUCGUCAACCUUGGUGAGUUGAAGACUUCCGACGGACCCCUGAAAGACAUGCAGUUUGGAAACAAAAUCGCGAUUCUGAGCGGGGACUUUCUUCUAGCAAAUGCCUGCACCAGUCUGGCCCAACUGCAGAACACAAAGGUUGUGGAACUCAUAUCAAGUGCUCUAAGUGACUUAGUCCAAGGGAUCUACCAUGAGAACUCCUCUUCCGCUGAGGAAAACUGGAUCACAGAUGACAUUGGAAUCUCAGCUUGGAAGAAGCAGACUUUCCUGUCCCACAGUGCCUUGCUGGCCAAGAGCUGCCAAGCUGCGAUGGAGUUAGCGAGGCAUGGUGCAACGGUCCAGGAGGUGGCGUUCCAGUAUGGAAAGCACAUGUCCCUGAGCCACAAGAUAAACUCAGAUCUCCAGCCCUUUGUUAAAGGGAAAUCCGAUGGCUCAUUAGCUUUCAGCUUAAAUUCUGCUCCUGCCAUCUUGCACCAGGAAUUCCUCGGAAGAGAAAUGUGGAUGAAGCAGAUAAGAGAGGCGCAAGUGAAAGGGAGCUUAGACUACUCCAAGUUGCGAGAAGCAAUCAAGGCUGGCAAAGGUGUGACUUCGGCUAUUGACCUGUGCCGUUACCAUGGAAACAAAGCUCUGGAAGCCCUGGAGCACUUUCCUCCCUCCGAGGCCAGAUCGGCUCUAGCGAACAUCGUAUUUGCUGUGACCACGUUUUUGUGAUGGUCCAGUAGGGAAAAAGAGAGAGAGAGUCUUCUGUUGAUGUGUCCUCGGUAACCUGCAGAAAGAGGGGGGCUCCCCUGGCCAAUGGAUGGAGGACCCAGUGUGGUGGGGAAAACGUGCUCCACUAACCACUUAACCUGUGGGAACAGAUGGGUCUCGGGGGAGAUGGUUCACCGAUAGCACUGUGACUGCCAGCUACCCAAACAGGUUCCUCCGUUAUUGCGUUGACCCCCACAUUGGCAGAAUACUGAAGGCUGAAAGUGGUGGAUUAAGAACCAACAGGUCGGUUCUAGGGUGACAUCCAUGUAAUGGGUUGGCAGAAGGAAAUUUGGGGGUUUGAGGUGGCAUGUGAAGGUCCACACAACCUUGUGAUAGGAGACAGAUUCCAGAGCCACACUGGCCUGAUCCACUGAGGCACUGCACAUGGCCUAGUGGUCAACCUCAAAAUGGAGGGAGAAGGGGGCGGGAAGGGAUAGAGGAGGAAGGGGGCAAUUAGUCAUUGUUCCUUUCCAGUUCUAGGCAGGAGGCGGUAACCUGUAUUCUCUUCCUUAUGAGUUCAGAAUGGGAACAUCUUUAUGAAGUCCCAUUUUUGUCCCUUAUUUUUCCGAGAAUGUUAUUGAGGUUUGAGUCCGAAGCACGGACAGUAGAAGCCCUAUUGACGGGCCCCUUCGCUCACAAUCCCCGUCUUCAAACCUGCAGGGGAAAAAUGCCUCUGCCAGUCCCGACUCGGCCUGGGGCCUCUCGUGGGCCACCCCGGGGGCCUCGAUCCCGCUGUUUUUAAGUGUCCAAGUUGGCGAGGCCAGGGCUGGCGGGCCUGGGUCCCCGGUCCCGCCAUGGAAGCCAGAGGCAGGGCCGCCCCAUUGUUGUCCGAGGAGGCAGGGUGGCAGCGCCCGCUGUUUGGGGCGAGGGGGGCAAAGCCCAUGCGUGGCGGUGGGCUGAGGGAGCAGGGUCGUCUGUCGAAUUGCAGGUGCGGGGGGAGGUGAAGUAGUGUGGCUGAGUGGAAAGACCCGGGUUUGGGAGUCAGGGGUCAUGAGUU